UCAGAGAAAAGAAUGUCCAAUCCGUACUACCUGUAUCUUUCCGUUUCUUCCCAUUUUGCUUUCUUUGUUUUGAAUGUCAGGCUCAGCAAUGGAGACUCUGGAAUUUAAAAAAAAAAACAUCAUUUGGGUGUUGGCAGACAUUGCAUGGAAGGUAGAAGUGGGACAUUAAAGGUUGAGCCUCUCUGGCAGUUGAGCUUGAACACUACUUAUUCAGGACAGCUAUGUGUAGGGUUUUUGAACUUAGCCAGUCACUGAGAAGACACUGAAUUAUUCAACAUAUUUUUUAUGACUCUGUAAGACAUUUAUUCAAAUUGUUCAACAAAUAUUUAUUAGUGUCCAAAUAACAGAGAAGAUUUAACCCUACUGGACUGUAUGCUACGCAGAUCAUUGUGGAGAUUCAUCUUUGUUUGCAAUGUUUUCUUACUGGAAGCAGGAUAAUGGAUUUUACUAGCCAUUCCAUCUUUCUCUGUCUUUUUCUAGAAGCUUUCCCCACCUAAUUUUCUGGACUGUUAGUAGGACAUCAGUAAUGCCAGAACAAAGUCAAAUGGCUUGAGAGUUAGUUAAACCUUCUAAAGAUGCAGACUUUGCUUUUAUAGGAAUAACUUAAUUUGUUAGUUUAUUGACAAUGGACUACUUGAAUCCUAGAAGUGAAUUGCUGUCUUGGCAUAAUCCAAGCUUGUUUUCCUCACCCUCUUCCCCACUCCCAACAGGUGCUGUUGAAUUGUGGGAGCUGGAUGAGAAUGAGACACUCAUUGUCAGCAAGUUCUGCAAGUAUAAGCAUUAUGACAUCAUGUCUACAGUCAGUGUGCUGAGCUCUGGCACACAAGCUGUCAGUGGUAGGAAAGACUUCUGCAUCAAGGUUUGGGACCUUGCUCAGCAAAUGGUUCUGAAUUCAUACCGAGGCUGCAGUGCCUCUGGCUACCUUCCCGCCUCCCUGGCUUGGCAUCCUCAGCAGAGUGAAGUCUUUGUCUUUGGUGAUGAGAAUGGGACUGUCUCCCUUGUGGACACCAAGAGUGCAAGCUGUGCCCUCAGCUCAGCUGUGCACUCCCAGUGUGUCAUUGGGCUGGUGUUCUCCCCGCACAGGUUCUGUUCUUUGUCAUCAAGGGCCUGGUGGGUAUGAAUAGGAAGAAUGAGGGGGGAUCCUUGUGUUGACAUAGCAUUAGCUGAUUGGGUACCUCCUUAAAGCAGGCACUGUUGUAGCUGAGGUUUUGGAAUGUGAAAGAUCUCUUAAGACUAUAGUCCAUUUUUGGGGUUGUAUGGUCUCUGACUGCAAAUGGCUAAAAUAUGGUCUUGUUCCUGCUCGACACCCAAAAUGAUUAAUACUGUGGGCUUGUAGGGCUGUGUGGUUGGAAAGCCUGUGUUUCUGGCUUUUUGCCAAAGCUACAGGGAGGGACCAGAUGGGAUGGUUAGUUGCCAGGACGGCAUUCAACCCUGGCUUCCCUCCAUUUCCUUUAUCUUUCCUUGGAACUUGUACUGUAGACUUGAGUGGUAGCCAGACUUUAACCCACAGUGGGGAUCAAGCCACCUUCUCUGAUCAUUUUAGAAUGGGCUUUGGGAAUUGCCCAGUCAGGUUUUGUCUUGAGACCCAUGGGCUUUACCUUUCUCAACCUUCUUCUCUCUUAAUGCUCCCCUCCUGGUCUCUGUUAGUGAAGACUGCUCACUUGCUGUGCUUGACUCAGGCUUUUCUGAGCUGUAAGUGUGAUGUAGAACCCUGUGAUCAGGAAUUAGGGAGGGGAGCAGCAAAUCGCUGGGUCCUUUUUCUCUUCUGAAAAAUAUUGUCUCUUUCAAGGGGACUGGGUGAUUGAAGCAAGCAAAUUGUUGACUGUCUCCCUGUUCUGGGGGGCUGACUCAAAACCAGCUCUGUCCCUGGUAGAGGAGGAAUGUGGUGGUGGGUGUGAAUUCUAAGUCUGAUAUUCCAGGGGUCAGUGCUGUCCAGAAGUGUGCUUUCAGUGUUGCAGCUGCACCCUGAGUCAGCUCCCCAGAGCCAGCUCUACCCACCAGUACACCUACAGCAGCUGUUGCUAAGCUUCACUUUCAGCUAGAUUGGAGGCUAGUCCCACCUACCAGCACACCCACAACUGUCAUAGAACCACCACAACAGGAAGGCCCAUGCAGGGUACACCUCUAGAGUGCCUGGCUUUGGUGACCAGAAGUGAUUGCUCUCUGGUCCCCAUAGGAAUUCUUCUACAUAAAGCCACCUCUUCAAGACUGGGAGAUGUAGGUGAUCUAUCUAAUAUAUAGAAACAAACAGAGAGUUAGAAAAAAUGAGGAGACACAGGAAUAUGUUCCAACGAAAGAACAUGACUAAACCUCAAAAGAAUAAUUGAACAAAAUGGAGAUAUGUAAUCUACUGAUAAGGAGUUCAAAAUAAUGGUCAUAGAGUAAUGAUCAUAGAGUAUGAAAGGGUGAACACAGUGAGAAUUUCAACAAAGAGAUAGAAAAUAUAUAAAAGAACAAAUCGGGAAGAAUACAAUAACUGAAGUAAAAAAUACACUAGAUGGAAUCAACAUCAGAUUAGAUGACAGAGAAGAAGAGAUCAGUAAUCUGAAAGACAUAGCAAUGGAAACCAUACAAUUGGAACAGCAAAAAGAAAAAAUAAUUUUUAAAAUGAGGAGAGUUUAACAAACUUUGGGAACAACAUUAUAUUGUAGUAACAUUCAUAUUAUAGGAGUCUGAGAAGGAGGAGUGAGGGAAAGGGACAGAAAGCUUAUUUGAAGAAAUAAUAGCAGAAAACUUCCCUAACCUGGUGAAGAAAACAGACAUCCAAGACCAGGAAGCACAAAGAGUCCCAAGCAAGAUGAACUAGAAGAGACCCACACCAAGACAUAAUUAAAAUGUCUAAAAGUUAAAGAUAAAAUAAAUCUUAAAAGAAGCAAGAGAAAAUCAACUAGUUACAGGCAAGAGAACCCCAUAAGACUAUCAGCUGAUUUUUCAGCAUAAAAUUUACAGGCCAGAAGGGAGUGGCAUGAUAUAUUAAAGGUGCUGAAAGAAAAAAAAAAAAGCAAGACUACUCUACCUAGCAAAGUUAUCAUUCAUAACUGAGGGAGAGAAAAGAGUUUCCCAGAUAAGCAACUGUAAAAGAAGUUCAUUAUCAGUAAAUUGGCCCUGUAAGGAAUGUUAAGGGAUUUCUUCAAAUGGAAAAGAAAAGGCCACAACUAGAUACAAAAAAAUUAUGAAAGAAAACUCUCACUGGUAAAUGGAAACAUAAAGUAAAAGGCAGUGGAUCAAGCACCUAUAGCUAGUAUGAAGGCUAAAGGACAAAAGUAGUAAAAUAAUCUACAUCUAAAAUGAUUAGUUAAGGGUAUGCAAAAUAAAAAUAUGUAAAAUAUGACACCAAAACUAUGAUUCUCCCACAAAAACAGACACAUAGCUCAAUGGACCAGAAUAGAGAGCUGAGAAAUAAAUCAUGCUCAUAUGGUCAAUUAAGCUAUGACAAAGGAGGCAAGAAUACAGAACGG